UGGGUUCUCCUCAAAACUGCACCACACCCACCGCUGAGUUUAGAGUCUUUCGUCUUGUCGGGUUUAGGUUGAAAAACAACUUUUACUCGUAUGUUCUUGUCAUCAUGUCGAACACCGUGAAGAGCCUCACGGUGAUCUAUAACCCCGCCAGUAAUGAGCAAAACACCUUUACCAGUGGCGACUGUGUUUCUGGUGAGUUAACGCUGGAAGUUGCCAAAGAGUGCAAAAUAGACUCCCUAUUAAUUCAGUUCAAGGGGAAAGCACGGGUGUUGUGGAGCGAGAGAAUCGGUCAAACUACUGUAACUUACUACUCAAAGGACAAGUACUUCAGCAUCAAACACUACUUCCUGUGGGACAAAGAUAGCGGAGAUGACAACGAAACACUAUUGACAAACCAGUUGGGAAAUCCAUACAGCAAUGUCGUUGCCCCAGGAUCCCAUGUUUACCCAUUCAGCUUCCAGAUCCCUCCCCAAGAUAUGCCCUCUUCCUUCGACGGUGCCUUUGGUAAAAUUGUGUACGCGCUAAAAGCCAAGCUGAGCAGAUCAAUGAGGGCUCCAACGAAGGAUUCUACCAAAAUCAACUUUGUUAAGAAGGCAGACCUGACCGGUGACCCUGGGCUGAUGGAACCACAGCAUGAGUCUAAGGAUAAGAAAAUGAAGUUUUUCAACUCAGGAACAGUAGCCAUGGAUGUGAAUCUUGAAAAGACAGGUUUCUUCCAAGGAGAAGGACUAAAGGUUAUGGCCUACAUUCAGAACAACUCAUCUCGCGAGAUCAAGCCCAAGUACUGUGUGUACAGAAAGCAUAGCUUCUUUGCACGAGGAAAAAGAAGAGUUUCAACUCAAGACUUGUAUAAAGAGGUGGGAGAGCCCAUCCCCCCGUCUUCUAACCAAAAUGUCACAAGAGUCCUCUCCAUCCCACUCGAUGUGGAGCCGUCCAUCCUCAACUGCAGCAUCCUCAAAGCAGAGCACAGACUCAGGGUCUACCUUGAUGUCAAAUAUGCUUCGGACCCAGAGAUCAAAUUCCCCAUAGUCAUCCUGCCGGCCCCUAUGGUUCCUGGUGUGGAGGCGCCCCCACUCGCUGCUUCUGGUUUUGGAUUUGAACCAUUUGGAAAAACCUACCCACCAUCCUGGGGAAUGGUCCCUCCACAACCACCAUCAGCACCCCAACCCUCAGCACCCCAACCCUCAGAUCCCCAACCCUCAGACCCCCCUCCUGCCUAUGGACAUGGGACGCACCCUCCUUUGAUAGAUCUUGGAAAUGAAUAUAAUUGGUUGGACUGUGAAGAUAUGUGGACAUUUCAGAGGUAAAAACGAAAUUAGAGUUAAUGCUUUCAUUAUAUUGUAAAGCUAAAAAGUAUAUCCCUUUAUUAGUAUUGCAUUUUGUUUACGACAUACAUUUACAUUUAAGCUGUACAAUAUUUACUAUUUUUACAUUACAUUAAAAAGGACAAUACUUUGUGUAGAAGUAGGCUCGUUGGUAUUUAUCUGGUUAGCCACAACCACAAACAGAACUGGUUCAAACUAGACAAAAACAGUUAACCAUUUGUGAUCAGUUGUAAAACAAUCACUGUUGAAAAACUCCUAAUAUGUUACUGCAGUCUUCAAAGCGUCAGGGGGAGAUUUACAAGCAUAAGAUGUCUCUAUGAGAAAACACCAUGAAAUGCUUUUUGAGUAUUAAUUUUCCUAAAUGUGGAGAGCACAACACUUUUGAUUCAUGAUGGAAAAAAGGCGCCAGAGAGAUAUGUUGUGUUAUAUUGCAUUAACUGACAUUUCUUUCUAACAGUUGGUCCAUGCAAACUGACACGGAUAAAGCAAAUCAGAAAAUAAAACACUGUGAUCAAGUCAUAUUAGUCUACAAUCAACCAGGUUAAGUGUAGCCUUGAUUACUUGGACAUAAUAUAAAUAAAAUAGAAAAAACAUAUCUAAGAGCAAUAUUUUAGAUUCAGUACUUUAUGUCCUAAUAGCUAAUGUUUAUAAUGUAAAGGAGGUGCACCACUUUGAGAUACAUGUUGUUACUGAUGUUAUGGUAUUAAUGCUUCAGUUUUCUUUGGUGGAAACACAAGUGGUGGUGAAAAGGAUAAUGACAUCACUUGGUAUAGAAAGCAUUCAGUGCAGUGACCCCAGUUUUUUUAUAUAGUAAAAACGAAAUUCCUUAUUGUACCUGAAAACGUUGUUAUUUGUACGACUGUAAGGUUGGCCCUGAUUCCCAUCUUACCUUAUGGGAAUAACAUUUUGCACUUUUAGGAGCCUACUAGUAAGUGCAUUGAACAAAUCAAUGACUGGAUGUGUCAGAACUUUCUCCAAUUAAACAAAGAUAAAACUGAGGUAA